AUGUCGAGAACCGUUCUGAUCACUGGUGCGACCGGCAAGCAAGGUGGAAGUGUUGUCGCAGCUCUUCUCAAAGCAAAGUCAGACUUCGAAAUCCUUGCCGUCACUCGCGACGCGUCCUCUGGUGGAGCGCAGAAACUCCAAGCAAAGUCCUCGAACAUCAAACUAGUCGAAGGUAAUUUAGAUGAGCCCGAGAAGAUCUUCGACAAUGCCCACAAGGCCACUUCUCAGCCUAUUUGGGGCGUUUACAGCGUCCAAGUCCCGGUCGCUGGUGGAUCAAACCAGGAAGCCGAAGAGAGACAGGGCAAGGGUCUUGUCGACGCAGCUCUAAAGAACAAUGUCAAGCACUUCGUCUAUUCAUCCGUUGAUCGCGGUGGCGACGCUUCCUUUGAUAGUCCGACGCCUAUCCCCCAUUUCAUCAGCAAGCAUAAGAUCGAGCACCAUUUGGUCGAAAAGGCCAAAGGCACCGAAAUGACCUGGACCAUCCUACGCCCUGUUGCAUUCCUCGAGAACUUCACCCCUGAUUUCUUCGGCAAGGUUUUCGCCACCUGCUGGAAGAACACGGUUAAGGACAAGCCGCUCCAACUUAUCUCGGUCGGCGACAUCGGCUUCUUCGGAGCGCAGGCCUUCAUAUACCCUAAUCAGUACCAAAACAGAGGCAUCUCUCUGGCUGGUGAUGAGCUCACCUAUGAUGAGAUGACUGAAAUAUUCAAGAACAAGACUGGAAAGUCUGUCCCAACUACAUUCGGGUUUGUUGCUAAGGGUCUAAUGGCAAUGAUGAAGGACUUGGGCUGCAUGUUCCAGUGGUUCUAUGAUGUGGGUUAUGGAGCAAAUAUUCCGGAGCUGAGAAAGGUGCAUCCUGAGUUGAAGGAUUUUGGCACUUGGCUUGAGAAUGAUAGCGGGUUUGACAAGAAAUAA